CGCCAGGCGUGACCAUGUUUGCGACUGCUGGAAGCUCGGUUCCUGAUUCUGAGUCCGCAAUCAAAAUCUGGAAUUUGAAGACAGGCGAACUUGUUGCAACUCUCAAAGGACACACAAAUUGGGUGUAUUGCCUGGCUUGGACCCAGUUGGCGCUUAUAUCUGGGUCAGUUGAUUCCUCAAUUAGGACAUGGGAUACAAAAACAUGGAAGGAGAUCGCUGUGCUCGCGCAUCCUACGACAACACAGCUCGAUUGUGGAAUCUCGACAACGGCCAGCCCAUCAGUUCCCCGCUCAAACAUGCGCAUUUCGUGAACCGCGUGUCCUUUUCAGCAGAUGGAAAGCUGCUAGCUACCGGCUGCGAUGACCACAACGCGUAUAUAUGGGAUAUUUCUGCGAUAUUAAAAGAGGCUGGCCUCGACGACCUUCUUUUGGACCAGCGCGACAAGUCGCUACUCGCUACUGAUGCUACACCACAUCCUGUCCGUCAGUCAAUCAUGGAGUCCUCUCUGGUACCCCGUGGUUUUUUAGAGGACACACCAAAUCGUGCUCACUUGUCUGUACAACACCGUCCCCGGCCUCUAUCAUUGCCAUCGCGUAGAAACACUCUUCGUGGCCGUUUUUUGACUUUAUUCCGCCCCAUACACCCCGACUCGGAUGCACACGAUGCGCCACCCCGACCCCGUCCUUUCCACUUGGUUCGAAAUCAUCUUUCUGGCAAGUCAGGUGGUGCAGACAUCGAGUUGCACAAGCGCCCCCCAAGAGUAGUUGAAGUCUCCUGCCGGCCGAACAGAUACCCGCUACUUAGAAACGAUUCAGCAAGAGAGAGACGGAGGCCAAUCUGGGAAAAUCCUGCUGCAAGCAGUUCACGCCCUCCCAAUAGCACCAUCACGCAGAAAUUCAGCGGCCCAGCUCAUACCCAGUCGUCUUCGCAACUGCAUGCUGCCGUUUCCACCACCACUGCACCUCCCAUCGUCGCUAAUACAACUUCAAAUACUAAUCGUCAUGCCACGACCACAAACGCUGGUCGCUGGGCUCGUUUCUGGCACUUUAUUUGUUGCACCUCUUCUGAGUAUACUGACGGCCAUCAUUAAUCUUUACGACGAUCCAUUACUUCCCAUAUGUUAUCCCAUCCCUCGAGUACACACAAUGAAGGCAUAAAUUUGUUUAU